GGAGGAUCCUGGCGUCCCACAUCCCUGCUGUUUCUGGCCACUCGGGAACUAUGGAAGUUGCAGAACCCAGCAGCCCUACUGAAGAGGAGGAGGAGGAAGAAGAAGAGGAAGAACAGUCGGCCGAGCCUCGGCCCCGCACUCGCUCCAACCCUGAGGGGGCCGAGGACCGGGCACUGGGGGCCCAGGCCAGCGUGGGCAGCCGCAGCGAGGGUGAGGGUGAGGCAGCUAGUGCUGACAAUGGGACCUCUAACCCUCCAGGUGCCGGUCCAAAGCCCUGGCAGGUGCCCCUGCCAGCCCCUGAGGUCCAGGUGCGGAUGCCGAGGGUCAACUGUCCAGAGAAGGUGAUCAUCUGCCUAGACCUGUCAGAAGAGAUGUCACUGCCAAAGCUGGAGUCAUUCAAUGGCUCUAAAACCAAUGCCCUCAAUGUCUCCCAGAAGAUGAUUGAGAUGUUCGUUCGAACCAAACACAAGAUCUGCAAGAGCCACGAGUUUGCCCUGGUGGUGGUGAACGAUGACACAGCCUGGCUGUCAGGCCUGACCUCUGACCCCCGUGAACUGUGCAGCUGCCUCUACGACCUGGAGACGGCUUCGUGCUCCACCUUCAAUCUUGAAGGCCUCUUCAGUCUCAUCCAACAGAAGACAGAACUGCCAGUCACAGAGAAUGUGCAGAUAAUUCCGCCCCCAUACGUGGUCCGCACUAUCCUCGUCUACAGUCGUCCACCCUGCCAACCCCAGUUCACCCUGACGGAGCCCAUGAAGAAAAUGUUCCAGUGCCCAUAUUUCUUCUUCGAUGUUGUUUAUAUCCACAAUGGCACUGACGAGAAGGAGGAGGAGAUGAGCUGGAAGGACAUGUUUGCUUUCAUGGGCAGCCUGGACACCAAGGGCACGAGCUACAAGUAUGAGGUGGCGCUGGCUGGACCGGCCCUGGAACUUCACAACUGCAUGGCCAAGCUGCUAGCUCACCCGCUGCAGAGGCCCUGCCAGAGCCACGCUUCCUACAGCCUGCUGGAGGAGGAGGACGAGGCUGCUGAGGUUGAGGCUACUGUCUGAGCCAGCCCUGAACACCUAACCUCUGUAGAUGAGAGCCUUGGCCUACAGGGGUAGUUCUCAAAAUGGCCUUUGUGGACCCCUGAGAGGGUUCCAGGAGGC